AUGCAUCAGCUCCAAGAGGGCGGGGGCCCCUGGGGGGCCCCCCUGGCCCACAUCUUAGAGGGGGGCCUCAUAGUGUCUGAGGGUUUUCUUAGGGGCCUCGAGGAGGCCCUGGGGCCCCUAGUGACUGCUAAGGCAGCAGCAGCAGCAGAUGCUGCAGCAGCAGCAAAAGCUGGGGCCUCAAAGAGCCCCACUGCUGGCCAGCAGCAGCAGCAGCAACAGCAGCAGCAGCAAGCGUCGAAGGCAGCGGCAGCUGCGGAUAGCGACUGGGAGGAAGACAGCAAAAGGAAAGGCAAAAAGGGACGGAGCGGCAAAGCUUCAGGGGGAAAGCAAAAGGCCGCUUCAUCAUCUACGCAGCAGCAGCAGCAGCAGCAGCAGCAGCAGCAGCAGAAUGCGGGUGUGGGGAUGGAGGAUAUCGAUGCUGCUGGGAUCGCCUCUUGGGACUCGAUCCCAGCGCAUGCAAAGGAAGCCUUUUGGGGCUUGCUGCAGCCUCGGCUGGCCAAGGCCUUCGCUGCAGCAGUUGCUGCUUGCCAAGCUUCCGUGCUGCAGCAGCAGCAGCAAAAAGCAGCAGCCGAGGGAGAGCUGCUGCAGCAGCGAUAUGAGCUGCUGUGUCUCGGCUUGAAAGCUCUCGAGGAGCAGCAGCAGCAGCAGCAGCAGCAGCAGCAGCAGCAGAAGCCAAGUCCGCUGGCAGCAUAUCUUUUCAAGUCUCUCGUCUUUGAAAUCAUCGACAAACUUAUUGUCACAGCAUUCAGACACGCCAACGGUGAAGAAGUGGAGGCUAGCAGCAACAACCGGCAGCAGCUGCUGUCACGGCUGGCAGCAAGUGGGGAAGAAGGCAGCAGCAGUGCUGCUGCACUGCAGCAAGCAGCAGCAGCAGCAGCAAAGCGCGAUGCUGCAGGUGUGGGGGGAGAUAUAAAAGAAGCAGCAAAUGAAUGCCAUGUAUUUCUGCGGCCACCGGACAAGCGGCGGACGAAGCAGCUGCUCUCGGAGCUGCGGUCAAAUUGGUCAGCAGCAGCAGCAGCAGCAGCAGAGCUGCAGCAGCACCGAAAGUUUUGUCAUGCUGUAGCUACUCUGUUUUUCCUCAAGCACGCUGGGGUGUACCUCGAGUUCCCCGCAGAAGACUGGGCUCUUGCUGCUGCUGCUGCUCUGCUGCAGCAGCAGCAGCAGCAGCAGCAAAGUGCUAACAAGGGGUCCAUUGAAGGUUUGGAGGAUCUCAUGGCCCUUACAGCAGCCCUUGAGAGCGGUCAGGACCUAGGGGUUUGCGGUUUGUUUGUGUCUCCACUAGAUUCCCACGAGGCAGCACAAGAAGCUGCUGCUGCUCUCAAGGCCAAAGCCCUCAAGGGGCCCCAGUCCGCCUAA